UUCGAUUGUCGUCAAUGUCUGGGGCGCGUUUUCGGGCAUCGCGUGGUCAUGUGUGGUGCUGACCAAUUGGCGUGAGCCUUGGCGUGCCUUUAAAACUUUCUUUCGCGUGGUCCAAGCAUUGCACGUUUCUUCACUCACCGACCCAAAUGUUCGCGUGAAUGUACUGUAGGCUCGCGAGCGUCUACUCGGCUUCCCUAUUUAAUUGUUCUAGUGUAAUUGACUUUUAACAUGGCUACGGACGUUCAGGCCCAGCCUGCAUCAGAAAACGCCCUUGCGACCACUGAGGUAUUAGGGCAAAAUGGAGUGAACAAAGAGGAGCAGAAGAACGAAAACAAACCUCGACCAAAGCCUCAGCGCUUCAAGAGACCAGAUUAUAAUACCAUCCACUCAAAACCUCUUCCCCUUGAGGUGUAUCCUCUACCGGCUUUCAUCCCACACAACCCGCUUUCGGUAGUCAGAAUUGCCAUAGCUUUAAUAUCUCAUUCAAUCCGACCUCCGAGUUCCAAUGAAAAAGUGCACCUAUCCUACUUCUCCCCUGAAACCCAGUCUGUUCAUGUGACGGAUGCCGAAUCAAUAAAAGCCUUGUGGGAACGAGGCUUCUUUGGAGCUGGAUCUCUUAGUCGUAGUGAGCCUCGAUGGUUGGAUCAGGAAAAAAGGAAACGUGGACUAGAAGCCUCGCAAACGAGCGAGGAAAGGACGAGGAAAGUGCGAGAGGAUCGACGUCAAUUCAAAUUACAAAGAGCCAAAGAGCAAGCCCAAGCGAGGGAAGAGCAACUGCGACGCGAAGGGAAGAUUGUCAACGAGGAAAAUCUGGCUAGCAUCGUUGCAAGCGAAGCUUCUCAAAAUGCCGAUGCCGCCGCCGUAGUUCCUCUAGAUAACAGCGGGGCACAGCCAGGAGAUCACGACGUUUCCGAGAAUCCUGGGUCAAAGGAGGAAAGCCUCGAAGCCGUCCGCAAACUAGAAGAGGAACUAGCCAGCAUUGAGGACCAAGAGCACCUACAACUCACCUUGGAGGAAGCCUUCUUCUUGACAUACGCUCUUGGUGCAUUGAAAGUCUUUCACAGCGAUACACCUCUGGAGUCAUCGUCUGCCCUGUUCCGACAUUGUUGCUCCUACACAAGCGACCCUCUGGCGGACAACGCCAUUUCCGUACCCAUUGCCCCGGACAAUGACUUCGUCAUGAGAUAUGCAGUGUAUCACCACUUCCGCUCGCUUGGCUGGGUCGUGCGUUCUGGUAUCAAAUUUGCUGUCGAUUUCCUCCUCUAUAAUCGAGGCCCAGCUUUUGCACAUGCUGAAUUCAGUAUCAUGAUCAUUCCGUCAUACACGAAUUCGUAUUGGUCGGAAACGGAGGACAGGCUGGCCGAAUGCCGAAAGAAAGAACACAGAGAUUGGUGGUGGCUACACCGUGUCAACCGUGUCCAGACUCAGGUUUUCAAGACGCUCAUGCUCGUCUAUGUCGACGUUCCCCCACCGUGGGAUCUAAAAGCUGGUGGCGAUGUUGAUAUCGGGUCUGUGUUAUCACAGUACAAGAUCCGAGAGUUCAUGAUCAAAAGAUGGACGCCAAACCGCAACAGAAAUUAGGAAUAGAUGUUGUGUUUGCGGAUAAUGUCUCUAGAAACCUCGAUAGUGGUUUGAUUGAUACAGUUCGAGAUUUCAGCAGCCUCGACCAUGCGCGUGCGCUCCAUAUAUAAAGUUUGAAAUGAAAAACGAGACAUCGUCC